AUGAAGGACCCAUCUCUGCUCUUCUUGGUGUCUCAGACCAACUUCACGCCGUCGCCCGACUGCGGAAGCCAUGCCAUGGACAUUGGCCUCCACCUGGGUCAUCAAUUGGCCUAUGUGAAGCCUCCGUCCUUCCUUAGCACUCCCCGAGGUCAAAUCAGCUUCAGUCGCAGAGACAAUCAUGUCAGCAGGGGCUUCAGCUGGCUGACCUCAGCCGGCCACCUGCGCGAGGCGGCCGGGAAGGGAGACCGUCCCCGGCGGUGCUCAUUGGAUGGCGUGUGUUCCCUAGGAGUCAGCAUCGAGUGGUACAAACUUGUUGCUUCGAAUCCUACCUUCUUCAUCAAGACAAUGGAUGCCAUGUCCGAUGCUUCGCCUUUCUUAGGGGGCGGGUUGCAGGAUACAUUGCAAUGGCAAGCUGAAUGGCAGCCCGUCUGA